AGCAGGAGGAGGAGGAGGAAGGGGGUGGAGGUUGUUCCUGGAAGAGCCACAGCCUGGGGAGUUGGUCACAUUCUUGGCUGGGAUUCAAUGACUGAGGCAGACACCAACAAACAGAGAGAAAGGGGGUGGAGAAGGGAAAGAGGGAGGGGGAGUGCAGACAGAGUGCAGGAGCCAUUCGAGCAGUGAGCAGCACCGGGAAGGCAGCAGUCUGUGUGUCUGGGAGAAAGAGCCCUGCUCGCUCCCUAACCUCCAGCAGUGGAACAUGACGGGGAACUCGUGAGUCUGUCCCGCCCGCAACUUCCCACGAACCCCUCCACCGACGCUUUGUACUGAGGGGAAGUUCAGGCGCGUUUGUGACUCCUCAGCGGAAAGACACAUUAGUGGGACUGAGAGAGAGGGACUGAGUGAGAGGGACUGAGUGGGACGCUAUGGGCAGCCUCCUCGUAUCUCUGGACUGAAGCUUUGGCCAGGGGAUCAGACAGGACAGUGAGACAGUAACGUGUAUGGACUGAGCUCUGUGCGGAUUGCAAGUAAAGCCCCGAGCCAUCGAGUGAUUGAUCAGCGCGGAACUUGCCCAGUGAGUGAGUGAGUUGUUGUUGCUGCCGCCGGGACCUUCUAGGCAUGGAGACCGUGAGCCGCAGCAGCUUCCAGCCCCAUCCCGGGCUCCAGAAGACCCUGGAACAGUUCCAUCUGAGUUCCAUGAGUUCUCUGGGCGGCCCGGCCGCCUUCUCCGCCCGCUGGGCUCAGGACUUGUACAAGAAGGAGAGCGGCAAGGAGCCCCCGGAGCCCAUCCUCCAUCUGCCCAGCCAGCCGCCUCCAGUCAUCCCCGGGGGUCCCCUAUUUAUGCCGUCGGACCGCUCCACUGAGAGGUGCGAGACUAUUCUGGAGGGAGAGACCAUCUCUUGCUUUGUGGUGGGGGGCGAGAAGCGACUGUGUCUCCCUCAGAUCCUCAACUCGGUGCUGCGGGACUUCAGCCUUCAGCAGAUCAACGCCGUGUGCGACGAGUUGCACGUGUAUUGCUCCCGCUGCACGGCCGACCAGCUGGAGAUCCUGAAGGUGAUGGGGAUCCUGCCCUUCUCCGCGCCCUCCUGUGGCCUCAUCACCAAGACGGACGCCGAGCGGCUGUGCAACGCCCUGCUGUACGGGGGAAGCUACCCGCCCCGCUGCGCCAAGAAGAGCGACUUCCCGCCGGGACCUUUAGAGCUGGAGCUGACCGAGAGCAGUUUCAAGGUGUAUCACGAGUGCUUCGGAAAGUGUCGGGGCCUGUUCGUGCCCGAGCUGUACGGACACCCCAGCGCCCCCUGUAUCCAGUGCUUGGACUGUCGCCUCAUGUACCCGCCGCACAAGUUCGUGGUGCACUCGCAUAAGGCGCUGGAGAACCGGACUUGCCACUGGGGCUUCGACUCGGCCAACUGGAGGGCCUACAUCUUACUGGCCCGGGAUGGGGUCGGGGGAGACGACGAGCAGGCCAGGCUGGGUCGGCUGCUGGAUGAGAUGAAGGAGAAGUUCGACUACAGCAACAAAUACAAGAGGAAAGCAGUCAGGCUUUCCUCUGAGCCUGUUGCUAAAAAACCCAAGGCUGAUGACUCCAUCAUCCAUUCCCCUAGUUCUGUUGAAAAAGACAAGUCAUCCAGUUGGCUACGAAACCUGUCCAACACCAACAAGAACACAGGAUACGUCCAUCCACGUCAGCGUCUGUCUGCUUUCCGGCCCUGGUCCCCCGCCAUUUCAGCAAAUGACAAAGAGUUGUCUACUCACCUACCAGCUCUGAUUAGAGACAGCUUUUAUAAUUACAAGAGCUUUGAAAAUCUGGUUGCCCCAAAUGUUGCCCUGACACCACCUGUUCAACAAAAAGUGAUUACAAGCCCACCAUGUGUACCAGCGUUACCCAGAAGCACUCAGUCAUCAGGCAGUCCUCCACAGUCCCGGAAACGGAGGCCUACUGCAGAACUGCCCAUAGUUCCAGAGGCACCAGCACCACCUGCACCAAUCAGGGAAGAAGAGAAGGAGUCAGAAACCGAAAUUGAAGUUGAAAGCAGAGAAGAAUGUAUGUUUACCUCUUCCUUGUCUUCGCUAUCAUCUCCCUCCUUUACAUCCUCAAGUUCAGCUAAGGAAUUAAGCUCCCCGGGCAUGCUAGCACCAACUAUGAUCAACACAUCGUACGAGGUGGCUUCUCACAACGACCAACACAGCAGUGGAUUGGAAGCUGAACUGGAGCACAUAAGGCAAGCCCUGGAAAGUGGUCUAGAUUCCAAGGAAGCCAAAGAAAAAUUCCUCCACGAAGUUGUAAAAAUGCGAGUGAAACCUGAAGAGAAACUCAAUGCUGCUUUACAGGCCAAGAGAAACCUUCAGCAGGAGCUGGAGUUCUUGCGAGUUGCUAAAAAAGAGAAGUUAAGAGAGGCGACUGAGGCAAAGCGCAACUUGAGAAAAGAGAUUGAGCGUCUGAGAGCAGAGAAUGAAAAGAAAAUUAAAGAAGCAAAUGAAUCUCGGUUACGUCUGAAAAGAGAGCUGGAGCAAGCCAGACAGAUUCGGGUGUGUGACAAAGGCUGUGAAGCUGGCAGGAUACGGGUCAAAUACUCUGCACAGAUUGAGGAGCUACAGUCUAAGCUUCAGCUUGCAGAAAAUGACAGAGAACAGCUACGGACAGAUCUAGUACAAGAACGAGAAGCCAGAGAACACUUGGAAAUAGUGGUGAAAGAUCUCCAGGAACAGCUUUGGUCAAAGACCAGCCAUCUUCCCAGCAGCGAACACACAAGGAAAGACAUUGAAAACUAAUUCAAAACUUUAAGAAAAAUAAAUACCUUAUCUAUUCAUAUACAGAAUUCUACGUAUAUGCACAGGAAGAGGAGGAGAAUGCGCGAUGUAUGCAUGAAUAGGUGCAUGUGUGAGUGUAUGGAGCGUGUGCCUUGGGGCACGCUAAAAACAAAAAAACUUUCUUACUAAUCAGAGGGAAAAUGUUACUCUAUACAACAGAAGCACUGAACUAUGCCUCUUUUAAAUCCACACAGCACAACAUCUUACUGUGCCUCAGAGUGUUUAUACAGAGUCCUUUUGGCUCUCCAGUGAAACAAUUUUUUUUUUCUACAAGUCAACUACAAGAGAACAACCGCAUCCAGCAAAGCUAAAGCACGCAAACCUUGGACAGUCCUUUUAUACUGUUUGUUGCUUGCUUGGAACACUUUGGGAUUUACAUUUUCUUAUAAGCUAUUUAAUAUAAAAAAGAUAUAUUAAAAUGAUGAGGACCUUCUAAAGACUGUGUAUUGAAAAUAGAGGAAAAAAAAAAACUUAUCAGACAAGUCCAUUUUGUAUAAUGGACUUGAAAACCUUGAUGCACAAUUUUAUCUGACUUGUUACAAGCUUUGGGGUUUCUUAUAGAAACACUCCUUAUUCCCCAGACCCCCAGUCUCCAUACUUCUCAUGUCGACUGUGCAAUGUACUUGUAGCAAGCAAGCCAUCACUAUUAUUCCCUGUCAUUUAUAGACUUUUCUGCAAUGAUUUACUUUUCCAUCAAACAAACAAACAAAAAAUAUUCUGGAAAUAUUCAGUGUGCCCAUCUUGGUUUUUAUUUUAUUUUUUUUAAAGGCUUUUUAUAUAAAUAUAUAUAUAUCUAUAUAUUUUAUUUCACAAGGACAAAUGUGUGUAACCAUAUAGGGGAUGCUAACAACUUUCCAGGGCUACAGAGAGAGAGAGAAAAGCAAAAUGCUCGGCCUCACUGACCAGUGUUUCAUCGUCCCAUAAAAGUGGAAAAUGAUCUGCAAAACCCACCAUCAUAAAGGGAAAAAAAAUCUGAAUGGAUCUUGUAACAUAAGCAUGGACUGUCUAAGAAAGAAUGGAGCUAGUAUUUGGAGAUAUAGAGAUAUAUAGAUAUAGAUAUAUAUAUAUAUAUAUAUAUAUAUAUAUAUAUAUAUAUAUAUAUAUAUAUAUAUAUAUAUAUAUAUAAUCUAUUGCAUUUCUGGUAAAUGUUCUUUGUUACAAAUAUUUUUGCUGAAUUCAGUAUUUAAUCUUUGUUCACCCCUCUGUGUGCUAAGGUGCUCACCAAUGCUUGUCAGCUUGGCACAGUGUGGAACACCAGAAAGGGCAGAACAAACACUUGGGGGCUGUAGAUAUUGGAAAUAUAAAUUGCUAUAAUUUUGAGAAUGAGGCCUCACCACUUAUGAAAACAAAUUCCGUGUAACAUUUCUGUACUCUUUUUGUAAUGUACUUAUGUAUUCAACUUUUAAAACUGCACUUUUUUUGCGCUGACCUUUUCAGUCAUGCAUAUGGAGUCAGAGCUAUUAUUUAAUAUAAAAUAUACCAAUAAAGCACAAUAAAAUAUGCAAUAAUACCUUCCAAUGCCUCCCCAUCAACCCAUUUGACUCUCUUAACUGAUAUGUGAUGAACUAACCAGUUCAAGCCAUUAUAUCCUGUAGGGCACCAGCAUGUGCACCUUGGGACAUCAUCCUAAACAUGGUUGACAAAUGCAUAUAGAACAGUUCACACUUUUAAUUUUGUCAUAUAUCUCUAAACUGCGGACAAAUGUGGUGCCCUAUCCUCAAAUUAUAGUUAUUUAGCAACUAAAAUGAACACACUACUCUUUAUUCAAUCCACUCACAUUCAGUAACUGACCGAUGAUAAAGUUGGCUGGACAACGCUGUUGAUGAUGGCAUUUCCAACGCUACAAAGGGUGUUAGCGAAAGGUAGUAGCUUUGUAUAUGAAUAUGCCUUGGGAAUGAGUUGUAAGUGACUUGAUUUUUAUUGGAUCAAAUCAUGGGAGGGGAAAAAAGGUUAACAAGUUGGCAUUUAUAUAGACAGGUUAAAAUUCAACCCCUGUGGGUAAACAUUUCUAGUGGUUGAAAUUUUGAAAGGCUUUGUUUGUGUUAGUUGUUUUUCCUCUUUAUCAUUGAUGUCUCCUUUGUAAUAAAAAAAAAAACAACAGUCUAUAAACAAGUGUAAAAAAAAAAUAAUUGAAAUCCCUUGUAAACAUUUAAUAGCCAAUGCCAGAAUUUACCUUAAAUAAUGCAAGGCACCAGUUGAAGAAAAGAAAUUGCAGAGUGCAUUUGGAGAGAGAACUGUGCGAUUGUAUAUGCACACGUAUAUACUAUGUGUGUUGGUUGGUUGUUUUUUUCCACACUAAGCUCCAUACAUUAAAGUUUUUGUCACCUAGGACUGCAAAACCUUUGAUGGUUGGGGAAAAUAUGUCCAAAUCAUACCUUUUAAGUGAAGCAUUAUUGAAAAAAACAAAACAAGCAUGGGUUUUUAACUUUCAGCUUGGUCGAUGUAAGUGUUACCACUCUUUGGAGAAGACUUAAUUUGUGUUUGUAUUAUUAAGUGGCUUGGAGAAAUAUCAGAUCCUUGCUCCUUAAGCUGUUGUGAGCCACAUUUUAACCUCAUCUAGGUGCUGGAAAUUGUAGUUUGUGGGCAAAAACCUUGGGUUUCACACCUGGCAGCAGCACCACUGUUUUUCUUACAGCUUUUUACCUUGGAAAGCAGGAUUAAUCCUGACCAUGAAAGCUUUAUCUCACCUUUUGAAAACUGAUACAAAAACAUGGAAGCUUUCCCAUGUUUUUCAGAAUUCUGUUUUAUUCUAGACACCGUUUAUUGGUAGAGCCGGCAUUGCUUUAAUAUGUUAUGCAAAUAAGUAACUGAGACUGUGUUUGGAUGAACCGAAUCAUGGUGACACCCGGCUCAUUGUACAAAUAGUAUCAAAGUCUUUAUAACAGAAAAAAAUAAAACUUUUUUUUAAAUAUUGAAUUUUAUGUAAAUGGAGGAUGGCACCCCCUAAUUGAAGGCUCUUUUUAUAUUUCUGAGUUUUCAAAGCAGAUUACAACCUUUCUUUGAUACUUUUGUCUUGGCGUUUGCUAAAAGCCCUUCUAUUCAUUUGUUCAUGUACAAUAUAUAUGCGAAUGUAAAUAAUAAACCAGAUGAAUGAAUAAUCUUGCCUAGGCUUUCCAUUUAGAGGUGCAGUUCCACUUAUUCCAAUUAUAGCUUCUCAACACAGACUUUCUUUUUAAAGAAAAAUGUAUAUUGUUUAAUGUUAUGAACAUUAUGGGAAAUUCAGAAUAUUACUAGUUUAGACUGUUGACCAUCAUUUUAAAGCAAAGAAUUAUUUAACAGCAAAGUUUGUUAUCCUGGAUAAAUAAGCAGUAACAUAAUGACAUCCUAUUUUGCCGUAUGUAGGAAGCCCUGGCAAAGAAAUGUGUUUAAACUUCCCAGUAAAGUAAAAUUCAAUCAGUCAAACCUCUUAAAUAAUGAAAAUUUUUUGUAAUAUCCAGAAUGUUGCGAGCUAUUCUAUUUUCUAUUGAGUGAGCAAAAUGGCUUCUACCACCUAUUCUGUAUAAGUUUGUCUCCUGCCAGAGUUCUUUUCCUUAGCUAAUGAAGCAAUGUACAUUAACUGAUUACAGUAGAUGCCUCCUGCUCUAAAAAGUGUCACUGCACCUUUGAAUUUUUCUGAUGAUUUAGGUUGAUGGACUGCACACACAAUGCAAUUAAGUCAAGCAUUUAAGUGUUUCAUAUUUCGCUGCAUGUCUCCCGAGAAUCCAUCAUAUUGCUGCUUGUGGGUCUCUCAACAAUACACAGUUGUAGAAUGUACCAAAAGGCCUCUGUCAUCGGUCUCCAUGGUUUUGUAUUUUUCAGUAUCUAGGUGUCUGUGCAACUCUUCUUGUACCCCCAGUUAUGGAGACUUUUUCUAAAGCAGCUGAAUGAUUCCCCUUUUUCGUACAGUGCACUGCAGGCCAUGAUUAUCACUGACUUUUUUUUUUUUUUCAUACAUGGUUUAUCAGUUUUUAUUUAUUUAAAUUUUCUGCAUUAAUUAAAAAAUAGUUAAAAAACUCAAGUGGGCAUUAGUGAUUUGGAUUCUUUUUGUUGUUGCAUAAGUCAGUUUGCAGUAUACUGUAGCUUCCAUCUUUUUUCUUCAGCCUUUUCUUCUAGUGAUGGGUGAAUGCUGUUUGGUGCAUAGUUCACCCUUCUAUUGUUUUUAUCUUGCAGUGCAAACGUUUCAGAAUUUUUUUGUAGAAUUUCCAAGCUGGCACCGGGGUUGGGAAAUUAAUGUCUUCAACUUGAUUCUAGACUCUGGGCGUUUAAUUGACUCCACACCGUCACUCGUUGCUUGAUCAAUUUUUACCUUUACGCCAGCAUGUUUUAUUUCCGGCUCUAGGGAAAUGUUGACCCGUUUAUUUCAUCAUUUGAGUGAUUGUAAUAGGUCAUAAAAUCACGUAUUAAUGAAAGACCAAGAUCUUGGAUGAGUUAUAUUUUUGCGGCCAUGCACGAGAAACGCUUUGUCUUUAAGAAAGCUGCUAAAGCGAAUCUGCUUUGAUUUUAGAAUACAGUUUUUACCUGUUUUCACUAUUUCCCAUGUGCAGUGCCUUGCUUCCUUGUGGAUGGUUGUGCCUUCAGAUUAGUCUAUAGCAUCAGUUAUCAGAAGUUUUCUCUCUAAUUAAUGUCAGGAGCUUUCGGCCUAAUAGAAAUGCCUCUGCCAUUGAUCACUUUGAUGCUCUAGGCAUUAAAAUGUUUCUCACUACCGGGCUGCAGUAUUCCAAGGUACUGUGCAUCCUCUGUUGUUUUGUAAUAGGGUAAAAGAGAGCAAAAAAAAAAAAAGCCAUAGAUACUGCUGCCUUUUGUGAGCAGCUUAAAGCUUGAAUUCCUGGAAAAGCUGCCCUUGGAUUUGAACCUGAGGCUUUCUUUUUUUUAAGCUGUCAAAAACAUCUUUUAUGUUGUGCUAGAAAUCCUCCUGGAUAGAUGGUUACUUUCUAAACCAUUUUAAUACUUUUCCAUGCAUAUUCUUUUAAUGUAACUCAUUUUAAUUUAUGGCGUCUGAAGGGCAUAUUUACAAAGGUGCGGAAAAAUUCGUCAAUUUAAAAAAAUGGUUGGUGUAAAAUGAUGUAUUUCUAAACCUCCGUUGCCCAUUGAUGAACGCUGUGAUAUCGAUAACAGAAAUAAUUCGCACCUGAAAUUAUGCCAACAUUUUACACCACUCCAGAUGCCAAAAGGACACAUUUUUAGGCAGGAAAAAGCACUGCUGUUGUGUAAAAUUGUCUACAAAGCAUCUGCACCCAAUGCCAGAUUUAUGCAGUAUUUCAUUGUUUCGGACCAUAGACGUUAUCAAAAAAACAUGCACAUUGUUUUGUUUUAUACGUUUUAUUUUUAGCUCUGAAUAUUUCCAGUGGAGCACAAAGAACAAGCCUUUCAUUCCCACGCUAGUAUGGCACAAAGAGUUUGCACCAACAGAUACAUAGCCUAAGCUACCCGGCUAUACUUUAUUUAGUCUGUCAGAACAGUCUUAAAGCAGCCGAUGUUAUUUGGGCGGUAGAAUGUUAGUUCUCUUAAACUGCUUUUAUAUGAUGAUUCUUCUAUUUUCCCCUGUUUUAAUACACAAAGGGCUGUCCAAAACAUUUGGUUGUGGGAUUGAUACUUUUAGAAUACUAUUUAAUAAUGUAUGGAGCUCUUAGGAAGAAUAAAUGAUAACAAAAAUACUAACUUAGGUGAUACCCCAGGGCCUCUAGUUGGCAUAGCUCUACCAUUUUUGCACCGGUUUUGUUGUUCCUUUAGUACAUGACCAAACUUCAGCAAUGCGGAUUCGUGACAAAAACCGAAUAAGAGAAUUACCCACUACCUGGUUUCUGUAUAUAAUGAAAGCCGCUCAAGAGCAAAUGUCCUCACGAACAUUUUGCCUUUUUUACAGAACUGCAAUUAACUGCAUUAUUGCACCUGUUUUCAGUAGAAUGUCAGGCAUUUUUAUAUUUAUAAAAAACAAUAAUCUGGAAAAGAAAGCAGGAAGGUUAUGUGAAAGAUAGAAGUGCAGACUUGGACAUUUGUGCACCAUAGACAUUGUGCAAGGAAAUGCCAUCUUGACUAGAGACCUAAAGGUUCUAGCCGAAUAUAAACCCUUGAUCAUACAAUCGCUUGAUGUGAACUUCACAAAUUUCUGUCUGUGUUCUAAGCAAAGGGUGGCUUUGUGUGUCACCACUAUAUGCACCCCUCUCAGAUUCUCAAGCCAUUCAUAAAGAGUUUACCAACUCUUCCUCGUCUUACACUCAUUACCUUAAUAGAUGUGUGUGUAUUCACUUUAUUAAAACAAUGUUAAAUGAAAAAAAAGAAAAAGCCCCUCAAAAACAAAAGGAAACUUAAACCAACAGCAAUAACAUUCAUAUCUAUUCGACAGAUAAAAUUGUAAACCUAUUCUACUUUCACAAACUAGCCAAUUGUACAAAGAAAUAUUUUUUUGUAAAUAGAUUUUUUUUUUUCCCUCACUGUUGUAUUAUAAGUGUAUAUUUUCCUUUUUUUUUUUUUUUUUUUCAAAUGCGCUUUAUUACUUGCUAAUUGUCUGGUUUAAUUGGUUGUGUUUUUAACUCAGAAGAAUCUGUUAGUGCAGUUUAUAAAUGUAGGUUUAACUUUUUUUUCCAUUACAUUUGUCCAUAUUUUCAUUGUAAAGUAUUAUUUUUUUAAAUGCUUUUUUUUUUCAUCAUUUCUCACAUUUUAGAGGGAGUUUUUUUUUUUUCUACCAGAAAGAUACAGCUUACUUUUUUUCAGUUGAAAAGACAUCUUUGUUAUAGCCAAUAUCAUUUCAACACAUUUUAUCUUGUUUUUAUCCUAUGCUGCUGCUAAUGACAAUAUUAAAACUUACUCUACUAUUCUAGAACUAUUUUUAUGUAAUUAAUGUAUGCUUCUCCUGUUUAUAAUUGCCUGAUUAAAACAAAAAAAAAUAAGAAAAAGCUUAGCAUAUUUAUCUAUUUCGCUGUGUACCCCCCCUGGUCCUUUUAUACCUCUUUUUCCAGAUCCUAUGCCCUCACACAGAUAAUAUUGUAAAAUAAAGGACUUUAUGAGAUUAUGUAUGAAAAUAGCUAUGCUUAUAUACCACAGUGACUGAAUGUACAGUGUAUAGACGCAUUACCUAAAAUAAAAAUUGUCCAUAAAAAAAA